CUCUAUUGACAAUUUUAGCGUAUAAUUUUCUCGUUUUGGCGUACCUUUCAAACGUCCGGUACUCAUUCAUUCGGCAGUUUUGACACAUAAUGUUUAUACCAAGGAUGUGAUUGUGUAUGGACCAGAUUCUGUGAUCAUGUCAACUGUCCAGAAUCAGAGUCAACGAAGUGCUUGUUUUGGACAGGUUGAAUUUAGUCAGGAGGAACAUGCUGCCGUACAAGCAGCCCUCCGACAGAAGUUGGGGCCAGAGUUCAUCAGUCAAAGGUCAGGAGCUGGAGGACAAAAGCUUGCCUACAUUGAGGGAUGGCGUCUGAUAUCUCUGGCCAACGAGACGUUUGGUUUCAACGGCUGGUCACAUUCGGUCACUCAUCAAAACAUCGAUUUCGUGGAGCAGGCUGGAGCCAAGUACUUCGUCGGUGUGAGUGCUUUUGUCAAGGUUCAGCUCAAGGAUGGUGUAUUUCAUGAAGACAUCGGCUAUGGCGUCAGUGAAGGGAUGCGUUCCAAGGCUCUGUCCAUUGAGAAAGCUAGGAAGGAAGCGGUGACGGACGGCCUCAAGAGAGCUCUCAAGAGUUUUGGCAAUGGUCUUGGGAACUGCCUCAAUGAUAAAGGAUACCUCAGAUGCAUCGGGAGGGCGCCCAAACCACCGGAAGAGAUACUUAAUGUAACUGACAUGAAGAGAAGUACAGUGGACCCAAAGAUCCUCCAAGCUCGCUAUCAAUCCCAAACUAAGCACCAGCGGUCUCCGGGGAAUCUCCAGGGCCCAGGAGAGAAGCCCUGCCGCCAAACAGCCGGCAAACCAACUGCGGAGGCAGUCCUAUCCCGAGUCCAGACCAGUAGCUGCAACGCCACAAACAAUCACACCACUGCGGAAUUUGUAACCCCCAAUCGGAGGCCUUGCCCGACUCAGGCCCCAACUCCAAAAUGUGUCACCCCUGCUUCUGUGCCGCCAGUGCUCCACAGACAAACUCAGCAUCCAGUUCCGACAGGCAGGCACCAGGAUGGCAAACAGAAUCAAGACGCAACUCCUUCCCCAACCCAUCCAAGUGUCGCCGUCCGACCACCCAGUCCCAAAACUAAAUUCACCGCGGCCAAGCCACAUGCCCAUCAACCCUCUAAGCCCAACAGAGAGAUUCCAGAUCCUUCAGCAAAUCAUCAGUCCUUCAAGCAAGUCCAAGACAGGACUGAUACUUUGCCAGUACCGGGCUCCCAUGGUGCUUUGGGUCCACGAAAGGUUGAGGAGAAACAACUUAACCUGAUGUGCCAAAAUGAAGAGAAUGUUGAUAUGGAAGUAGUGGACCAGGAUGCUUUGAUGACAGAUGGUCAUCACCUCUCUCCAGAAGAAGUGAUGUCUGCCCUUGCUGGUCUGCCAGUGCCUUCUGAUGGUCUAUCUGCCGCUGAGCUUACCCCUGAGCAGCUGCUGCAGCAACGCAAGCUGCGUCAGCAGCAGAAGCAGCGGGAGUUUAGGGAGCAGCUUCUCCGCAAGCAGCAACAGCAGCAGCAGGGGCAGCAAGUGGCACAGCCGCAGCAUCCAGCAGGGAUGUCGGAGGCUUCCCUGAGGCAGCAGGGACCUGGGGAUCCUCAGGAAGGGACUGAAGGAGGAGUACCAAAUGCUGAAGAAGAUCCGUUGUUUCCCAUGGCAACUUCCACUCCCUUGGACACAGUUUUACUGACGACUGCUGGAAGUGCCACCCCUGGCCCCAACGAGGUCCGUUCACCAGCCAUCGCUCAGACACACUUCACCGAGAUUGAACAAAUUCUUCUUGCGGAUGAUGACCCUGAAUUCUGGAUCGCUUCACAAGUUCCCGUCCCAGAAGCCGACACGCGUCAGAUGCCUCCGCCCCCGAGCAUCAGCCCCAGCCCCGCCCCCAACAAGCAGCAACAACAUGGAGUGGCUGAGCAGAGGACCACCCCUCGAUCCUCCCCACGCAACCACAGACCCAGGAUGUCUCCCAGAAGGGCAGCCAAUCGCAAUCAGAGACUGACCUUAGUAAAUGACAUCACUGGGCAGUCAGCCAACCAGCAAAGCAGGUCAGCUCAAGCUGCCGACAGGAAGCCAAGAGGCGUAGAUGGGAGAGAUGGGGGUACAUCCUGGGGUCACAGGAGUGGAGGAAAAGACAGCGGGCGACAGGGACACAACGAGCGUAGUACUGUAAAAAGACGGAGAAUGGAAUCCUUGUAACCAGAUGUUGACAGUUUGCUGAUUGCCCAACUUAAUCAUUGCCUUGCAACGUCCACAGAGAGAUUCUUUAAUUGGAUCCGUUGAAGUCUCUCGUUUAGUCCUUGUUGAUGAACAUGUACAGGCAACAUGAUGAAAUGUCUAAUUGGACAAUUGUAAAAAAGGAGCAUUUUAUUAUUAAUGUCGUAUGACACACAGGGUUGUUUAGUGUUGUUAGACACAGAGUCCACUCGUAUGACCUUCAAAGAAUCGCAGCGCACUGAACCAGUCAUUCUUUGUAGUCAAAAAUGUAUUGCAUACUUCAGCCACACUUCAAACAGUUAUAUUGAAGAUUAAGUGAAGACAAAUGUGUGAUGGACCAGUACUGAGCAUGUUAAGGAAUACAAAUUUAACAGUAGAAUACAUCUCACAUGUAGACACGAUUGUAUUACAUUCAUCAUCUCGACUUUGCCUUUAGUUGAUACUCAUCUUAGGGAAUUGUGUUAAAAAAACCUCAGGCUCUUUUUGUCAGAAAAACAUCCCUAAAUAUUCUAACCUGAGUCUCAAAAAACCACCCGUGAAGUUUUGUCAGAUUUUUUUUUGGAUUGAGGAAGGCACAGCCAACCCAUCAAUGUUACUUUAAAUAUGACUUCAUUCACAUGAACCAUACGAGUGUACCCUAUGUGCCAUUAGAAGUUUCAGGAAGAUAAUUAAAACAAAAUGCCUUGGGAGUUUGGGUUAAAUCAA